UGUUUAUAGAAUUUUACAAAGAAUUGUUUUCUUACUAUAAAAAAAUCUCGAGUCAAAGGCGUCUUGGGUUAUCCACAACAUAACUUUCCCUUCUUUGUGGCAUUCGCUCCAAGUUGCUAGCGGUUUCCUUCCUUCUACCUUUAAAAAAACAAACCAAAAAAGAAAAAAAAAAAACCGACAUCCUCGUGUCCGUCUGGUCUCCAUUGAAUUGUCAGCAACAGCUCGCUAGCAAACAUCUUUAUUGUCACUUCCACUCUUAGCCGAUUCGGCGUCAGUUUACACUUGUUGCUACGUUGUUGUAGUGUGUGUGGAGACCGGAGCCACACUUCUCCCGGCUCAAUCCCAGCAGGACUCAUCGGCUCCAGCUAAUGCUAAUGUCGGCACAGCCACAAGAACAAGUUUGCGAUGAGUUACGACCAGACCUGGGGUCGUAUCAGGGGGAUUUUACCCCCUUCGCAGCUUCAUUUUAUCUAUUCUUUUUAAUCUUGUGGAAAUUGAGCAGGGAAGUAAUUGCACCGCUGGUUCUGGUUCUUCCAACUGGAACGGUCGUCUGUCUCACACAGCCUUCAUAAACCCUAAUGGCAGGAGGAGUAAGUUGUCAGAAUGCAGAACGCAGAGGGAGGGUCAGACACCACAACCACUGUGGCAGCGCUGCGGACGUCAUCAUCAGCCCAGGCGCCUGUGGUACAACCCGUCCCAGCUUCACAGCAGAGGGUGCUGGUUCAAGCUGUGGGCUCUGCUCAGAAAGGAGGACAAGUACAGCAGAUCUCAGUACCCAGAGUUCAACAGGUCCCUCAGCAGGUGCAGCAGGUGCAGCAUGUCUACCCAUCCCAAGUCCAGUAUGUUGGAGAAGGUGGAGAGGCUGUUUAUACAAAUGGAACUAUCCGAACAGCUUAUUCCUAUAAUCCUGAGAGUCAGCUGUACGGGCAAAACAGUGGGGGAACAUACUUUGACUCUCAGGCUGGUGGAGCUCAUGUCACCACAGUGGUCUCCUCUGCCAGUGGUGGUGUGCCCCCCCAUGGCAUGGUUGGUAUUGCUAUGGAAGUGGGCAGUGGUCACAUCAUCUCCAGCGGCAGCCCCUACCUGAUCCACGGGGGAAGUAUGGAGGGAAGUCGCAACCAUAUAUCUCACUCAUCGCGCUCCUCCUCAGCUAUGCUUGAAAUGGCGAUUGAAAACCUCCAAAAGUCUGAAGGAAUUGCAAGUCACAAAAGCAGCCUGCUCAACAGCCAUCUGCAGUGGCUGCUGGACAACUACGAGACGGCGGAGGGGGUGAGCCUGCCCCGCUGCUCCCUGUACAACCAUUACUUGCGACACUGUCAGGAGCAGAAACUGGAUCCAGUCAACGCAGCGUCUUUCGGCAAACUCAUCCGCUCGGUCUUCAUGGGCCUGAGAACCCGCCGCCUUGGCACCAGAGGCAACUCCAAGUAUCAUUACUAUGGCAUCCGGGUGAAGCCAGACUCUCCACUCAACCGGCUGCAGGAGGACACCCAGUACAUGGCCAUGAGGCAGCAGCCGGUCCACCAGAAGCAGAGGUUCAAGCCUCUGCAGAAGGUGGACAGCAUGUCUGACAGUCUGUGCGGAAGCUCUCAGGCCUGCAACAGCACUCCGGAGCAGUCAGUGGCCGCACAGAGCCAACACCACCAGCACUACAUUGAUACGUCUCACACCUUGCCUCAGUUUCCCCCUCUUGACGUGGGCUCCCAGCCUCUGCCCGAGCGCAUCAACAUGGGUGACAUCAAGAAGCUGAAAACGCUGUACAGAGACCACUGUGAGGCCACUUUGGAUGUGGUGAUGAAUCUCCAGUUCCACUACAUUGAGAAACUCUGGCAGACCUUUUGGUGUUCAACGGCGCCAUCUAGUGAUGGAAGCACAUCCAUCCCCAGCAGCGAUGAUGACAUGGAAGGUUCGAUUCCCAGAGAGAAGCUGGUGGCUCUGUGUAAAUAUGAACCAGUCCGAUUGUGGAUGAGGAGCUGCGACCACAUCCUCUACCAGGCUCUGGUGGAGGUCCUCAUCCCUGAUGUGUUGCGCCCCGUUCCCAGCACUCUCACUCAGGCUAUCAGGAACUUUGCCAAAAGUCUGGAGGGCUGGCUAACCAACGCCAUGACCAGCUUCCCCCAAGAGAUUGUUCGCACUAAGGUGGCAGUGGUCAGUGCUUUUGCGCAGACUUUGAGACGUUACACGAGUCUGAACCAUCUGGCCCAGGCAGCACGAGCCGUCCUCCAGAACACCUCCCAGAUCAACCAGAUGCUCUCGGAUCUGAACCGGGUGGACUUUGCCAACGUUCAGGAGCAGGCGUCCUGGGUUUGUCAGUGUGACGAGAGCGUGGUGCAGCGUCUGGAGCAGGACUUUAAGGUCACCCUGCAGCAGCAGAGCUCUCUGGACCAGUGGGCCACUUGGCUGGAUAAUGUGGUUUCUCAGGUCCUAAAGCCUCACCAAGGGAACCCAAGCUUCCCAAAAGCUGCUCGCCAGUUCCUGCUAAAGUGGUCUUUCUACAGCUCCAUGGUGAUCAGAGAUCUGACCCUGCGCAGUGCUGCCAGCUUUGGCUCCUUCCACCUGAUCCGCCUGCUUUACGACGAGUACAUGUUUUACCUGGUGGAGCACCGCGUGGCUCAGGCCACCGGAGAAACCCCGAUCGCCGUCAUGGGAGAGUUCAGUGACCUGAGCUCCAUGAUGCCAUCUCUUAUGGAGAAAGAUGCCUCCGACGAGAUGAGCGGCAUGGGCAGCGACGCCGAUGCGUCCAGAGAAAUCUCCGAACCGUCUGUGAAGAGGGAGAGGAUCGAAAUGAGCCAAUCUCUGCAGGAGAUGUGAGUCCAGUCCGAACAGGGACCGGCGUCUCUGCGAGAAGGCGGUUUCUGGGGCCUUUUUACGGUGUGCAAUGUACAUAGAGAAAAAGUGUAGCAGUGUCAGUCAUCCAGAUGUUAAACAUUCUUUAUUGUUGUUUUUUUUUUUGUUUGUUUGAAAUUUAACUCACGGGGAUGUAACACAGGCCGGAUUGUUUUCCUGUUGUAACUGUGAAUGAAUUUUGUGUAAUAUAUUCUUUUUUUUUUGAUUCCUCAAAUCUUCUACAGUCAAGUCUCAAUUAGCUGUGCCAUGGUGACAUCUGAGUGCCUUAGCUGUGUUUGAAACCACCACUACAGAUGUCUGCCUGUGUCCCUCAGCUGUGCCUCAACCGCAGUAUGAAUGUAUCGUCUCCAAACCUCAGAAACUUUCCAAGCACCUUUAACGUCGACUAGGUGUCGCUUUGCUCUCCUUGUUGCCUCCGCUGCAGCUCCGACACGGGAAGAAGACCGUGCAGCCUACAGAUCCAAAGGACUUUUCUCCGUUAUUCCCACUAGCGCCGCGUCAGGCAGUGAGAUGUGAAGAGGAAAAAUAGUCUCCAAACAUUUGUGUGGGUAUCAGACUGGAUUUGUAACUCAUACAGUACAUUCUGUGCGUAAUUGCGUAUUCACACGUACACCCGAAUGUUAAAAAUGUACAAAUACACACGCAUAACUUGAAAUUACUGUAGCUUAAAAUGAACUACUAAUACAAAAUGUUCCUACGAAUCUUUAAAUAGUUCAAACCCACACAUCUAUGCACAGAUUAGUUGCAAGUGCAGGAGGGGUUUUGACUCUUCUCACGCCUCUAGAUUUGAGUGAAUGAUGCGUUUAAAUAUUUCUAGAAUGCUGGGUCGUCAGAGUUUCUUUUCACCCUUUCUCUCUAAAUUUAUUCCACCACUUUCUGUUACCCAUGUUAUCAUUUUAAUGUUUUUAGUUUUUAAAAUUAACUUUGAGUGCUGAGAUGAUCCUUUUUUUUUAUUUUUUUUAGUAUUUGUCAACUCAGCAACACCCAUACUAGCAGCACUUAAACGCAUCAAAUAUGCACAAAUCUGAAGAAAUGUACUUGGAUCUGCGCAUAAAUGUGAUUUUGAGUGUGUGUAUGUAUCAGGUAGGUGUGUGUACCAUUUAAAGUUUUGUGCGUUUUGAAUUAAUCGUCUUAAGCUGCUGUAAUUUCCAGUUGUGCCUGCGUAAAGUGCAUUUUAUAUUCAUGUUUUUGAUAUUGAUUGUACAUGUGAAUACACAACUUCAAGUACACAUAGUUGCACACAAAAUGUAUCAAAGGAGUUACAAAUUAAGAAUUAUGCACGCACAAAUGUUUGGAGACUAUUUUCUCUCCUUAGUGGACCUUGUGUGGCAGCAGUCUGUAAUGACUUGCUUAACAUUUCAUUUUACCUCAGAUCUCUGCGCUGUGCUCAGUUUAGUUCAGGAAGCAGUUCUACGUUGGUUCCGUUUGAAAUCUACUUCAUUUCCUUUGAAAAUCUGAACUUUUGGACCUGGAAACAGACAUCCUUAAGGAUCUUCACACCCCUGCUUUAGAAACUCUGCUAAUACAACAAAGAUGUCUUCAUUUUCAGUGAAAAUGUGCACAGGUUUUUGGGAGAAUAACCAAGAUCACCUGAUUUUUUUGUUUUAAAGAACAUAAAAAUAUCUUUAGACAAACUUAUUUCUUGUGCGACUCAGCUGAUGCGACUUUACUUUACGUGAAAGGUAGAGAAUUUCCUUUAACUGCAGGUCUGCAGUUUCAUACAAACAUGAAACAAAAGGGGGAAAAAAAGAUUGGAACUAAUCUGAUUCAUAAACUUUGUGUUAAAAUGUGGUUGUUUUAUUCUUCCCUUGAUGUUUUCCUCCACAGGAUUUUGUUGUAGCAUUGAUUUUGAGUUAUUUAAGGCUGUCUGUAACUCGUGCCUGUCACAGUAAUUUGCCUUAAAAAGUGCUUUCGGGGAAAAAAAAAACUUCUAUGUGUACUUUGUAAUCUUUUGUAAUGCUGUUUUAGAUUUAUUUGGCGAAUUAUUAUUUUUAUUGAUCUAGGUUGUUCUUACAAGUAUACUGAACCUUUAUUUUUGUGUAUUUUUAAAGCUGUUCUUGACUCUGCUUUAACAAGCCUAAGGACAGUAGAUGGUCUGUAAUAAACUGCAUAGUUGGCUGUAUUUUGUACUUUGUCACGAUGUGUAAUAAACGUAAACCAAACACUU